UUGCAUUUCCCACCAAUAAUUUGUCUCCAUUACUCAUAAAAAAAAAAAAAUAAGGCAAAUGAUUAGCUAAAAAAUAUUUCUAUGGCACCGAAAAAACGAUGUUCUAGCUUAUCUUCUAAUCCCAUUCCAAUUGGAAAUUGUGAGGUUGUUGUGGAAUCUGGGAAGUUUGCCUCAGAAUUAAAUGAAAAUAGUCUCACUAUCACUUUGUCAAAGAAUUCCAAAAUCAAAAUCUCUGUUGUGGAUGAUGGGAAUUGUUCAAAGGAAGCCAAAAGCCCUAUAAAUAUUGGGUAUGAGGAAAAUGGAAAUUACUGUUUCGUGCUCAUUAAUCCCAAAGAUGAUGAUGGGAAAACCAAGUCUCUACUUCAGGAAGUAUUGAAAUUUUAUUCAAAAGAACUUCCAGCCAUGAACUAUGCUGCAAACACAGGAAAAGAAUCACAAUUCCUUGAAAGAUGUGUAUCAAAUGGGAAGUACUGCACGCUAGUUUUGAAAACCAAGGAUGACAUAGACCCUGGGCAGGUCAUUGCUGCAAUCACUUAUCAAAUAGUCCCAGCUGACAUGCAAUUUGCUGAGGUUCCUCUUGCGGCUGUUAAAUCGGUGUACCAACUCAAGGGGAUUGGUCACUUAAUCUAUUUGGAGCUGAGGAAAAGAUUGCAACAUGUCGGUGUUCGAACAAUACUUUGCUGGGGAGAUAAGGAGUCUGAAGGAUUUUGGCUUAAGCAGGGCUUUUCAGUUAUUGGUCAAGUCGACACAAAAGGCCGAGCUCGCAGGCUCCCUAUUAGGGCUGAUAUUCGGAAAGCAUUGUGUUUCCCUGGUGGUUCAGAUCUCAUGAUUUCUCAUUUCAAUAAGGAUAACUUACAGAAAUCUGCAGUGUAUCUAAAUCUGAAGUUCCCCUUAAAGCCUUCAGAAGAGGAUUGCCAAUCUCCAGUUCUCCAAGAGCAAAAGGAUACUCUGUCUGAGGGAAAUGACCAUUCCCAGCACAGAAAUCAGGCAACUAAAAGCACGACAUCUAACUACUAUGAUUGCCAAGGCCUUCAACCUGGAGAUGGUGCUGUCGGGAGCAGCAAGCACGGGCACAUGGCUUUCAAGGAAAGCGAAAGCCAAGCUUUUCUGAAGAGAUGUUCCUGUUCAGCAUCAGGAUCAAAGAAGAGGACUUGGGAAACCUCAUGCACUUCUGUUAAAUCCAAAAAAAUAAAGGGAGGUCAUCAAACUGACUGCCGCUUGCAUGCUAAUGACACUAGUUUAGAAAGUGUUAUGCGGAAUAGUUCUUGUGCAGUUUCUAAGAGCAAAUGUCAGGUAGAUAUUACUCCUAACAACAGUUUGACAAGCCACUUUCUGGGAAAGAAUGCUGAAGAAGCUACAGCAGUUAAUUUGACAAAUGAAGGUCACUGUAGUAAAGGCAUUUCUUCAAGAGGGACAAACUUCAGAAUCAUGCUGAUGAACAUUGCUGAUGAUAGUAAAAAGGCAAAUUUAAACAAGAUAAUCGGCGACCUUGGUGGAGAUGUUACUUCUGAUGGAAGUUUAAGCACACACGUAGUCACUGGCAAAGUGAGGAAAACCUUGAAUUUUUGCUCUGCUCUCUGCUCAGGAGCUUGGAUACUGUCACCAAGUUGGUUGAAAGAAAGCUUCCGGAUUGGCAAAUUUAUAGAUGAAAUGCCAUUUAUUUUGAGGGAUGAAGACUAUGAACUGAAGUACAGAACUGAGCUAAAAGGGGCAGUUACUAGAGCAAAAACAUAUCCCCAAGCUCUACUCAAGGGUUAUGACAUAUGUCUUGCAGCUCAUGUUCUUCCUCCAGUUGGUACCUUAUCAGCCAUUGUGAAAUCUGCAGGAGGAAAUGUUAUAUGUGGACUCGAUCAAGUGAAAGAUGAAUCUAAAACCAUAUUCAUCGCAUGUGAAGAAGACAUGGAUGAAGCAUUGUCAGCAGUAAAGAAGGGAAUAUGGACUUUCAGCAGUGACUGGUUUAUGAACUGUGUCAUGAAACAAGAGCUUGACUUAGGAGCUCCUCAAUUUGCAGAGUCCCUCUAAUGCACAGAUAAAAACAUGAGCAAACUGAUCUGAUAAAUAUGAAAAAAUGUGAAUAUUUCUGAGAAUGGAAUUUGAGAAUUAACUUUGGAUUAAUGUAUAUAUAUGCUGUUUGUUAUUGACAGUUGAGGAGAAACAUAGCAGAAGUUUUCAUUUCUUCAAAAUUCUAAUCUAUUCUUGUC